UCUUUAAUCGAUAGCAUGGGAGAGAAUGGAAGAAGUUAUCACACUUUUUGAACCAGUGAAUAUGUAUCGAAGUAGUGUUCUGUUUAUGAAUCAAUUUUUAUAGGCAUACCUUUAAGUUUUAUCUACAAAAGAAGGCUAUUGUUAUUGCCAUAAAAGAAAGAUACAAUUCACACAACACUAGGGCAUGUUGUCACAAAGGAAACUGCUAUUAAAUGCAAACGGUAAAAGCUGUUAAACAAAACAAUACAUUAUACAGCAAAAAACUGGACGCUUUAAACACUUAUGACAACUUUCCAAACAGAAAUGCCUUCUGAGGACACAGUGUGAAUAUAGCUCCCUAUAGUCUCCCCUAUUUCGUGUUGAUUAAAACACUGCCCUCUCUCCUGACACAAUCGAAGUUUACAGCAGAAGUGACUGCUGUAAAGAGAGUUGCUAUGUUCCCUCACUUUGUGAUGAUGUAAUUUCUGAUGGAUCCCUGGAGCCCAUGGCCCUGGUGCCUGGGGUUAGAUUUAAAUAGACAGAUGUGCCUGUGACAGAACUGCCGCAGAGCUCUCAGAAAAACCAAGUCAUCCUUUUCAAUAAUGCAGUAACACACAUGUGUCAGGCACAGGGCCAUGCAUCUAGAACCAGAGGAACCUGCGGGCAGAAACACACUCCAGGGGAAGAUGGGAUUGAGGAAGGGUUGAUAAUAAAGGGUAAAUGUGUGCAUCUUUGAGCGUUUCUAAAUAUGACCUUUUUUUUCACUGUGCUAUUGCUGUAACAGUUCUUCAUGUAUAACAACUAGUGGGUCAGUGGUGCGUGACAUUUUCUCAAACAUUUUUUUGUUGCUUAAUGAUGAAUGAGUACUUCUAACUGAGUAUUAUUCGAUUGUAAAUACUCAAAACAUUUGAAAAUAUUUAUUUUUGAAGGUCUAGUAUGAAUUUUGUCUGCUUUGAUAUGGUGUAGUACAGUAAUUCAUAGGUCCAAAAAUGUCCUUGUGUUAUGUCGCCACCUGCUGUUGAGUGUUAGGUGCUGUUACAAUUAGUUUGGCUUUCAACAAUCUAUUCCUUUAGUUAUGUCUAAGAUUGAUAGAUAAAACAUGGUGUACACUACUAUACAAAGAAUAUCUCGAAUAUUUAAAUGUAUUUAGACUAAUAAUAAAUAAUUUAGUGGGAUUGUUGUAAAAAGAGGUCUGUUGCUUUAAGAAAGUCUCGUCGGUUCUUGUCGCGCGAUUAUGACGUUGCAGCGGGGCUUGCUGGACCACGCGUGUUACGAGUAGUUUCUUUUAUUUCUAAAUUUAUGGUGAAAUACACAUAUGGACACAUAUGAUUUUUAGACGGAAUUAUACUAGUUUCAGGGCUACAUAAAUCUUCUUUUACGACUGAAGUUGUCACUGUCGAUUAUGUCUUUGCCGGAGGCUAAUGAAAAUAAAACGGACCAGAAAACCAAACCUAUGGUCACUGAUGAGGAGAUGGAUGACUUGAAUCCAAAUUUGGAAGAUGAUGCUGAGGAGGACGCAGACCAGGAGAUGAACCGUGAAGAUGAAGCUGUUGAACUGGAACAUAUUACAGAAGAUGGACUUGAGAAACAGAAGAAAAAAUGUCUUCCUGGUAUAUUGUAUUUGGGACACAUUCCUCCUAGGAUGAGACCAAAACAUGUACGGAAUAUGCUGAGUGUGUAUGGGGAGAUUGGACGGAUAUUCCUGCAGCCUGAAGAUCAUUGUAUUAAAAGAAAGAAAAAGAAAGCUGGAAGUAAGUCAUCCAGUUUCACAGAGGGCUGGGUGGAGUUCAGAGACAAGCGGAUCGCCAAGAGAGUCGCAGUCAGUCUGCACAACACACCAAUGGCCAACAGAAAGAGAAGCCCUUUCAGCAGUGACCUGUGGUGCAUAAAGUACUUACACAGGUUCCAGUGGUGCCAUCUCAGCGAGCGAUUGGCUUACGAGCAGACAGUCUAUCACCAGCGUAUGAGGACAGAAAUCUCUCAGGCCAAGAAGGAGACAAACUUUUACCUGGCCAGUGUGGAGAAGAGCCAGAACCUUCAGAAACUCAAAAAGAAGAAGGAAAAGAAGGGAGAGGUUGUGGAAGAGAAGAGCUGGAACUUUAAACAGCGCCCUACAGAAAUGGAGAUCCAGAUGAAACGCAUCAAGGAUAAAGGCAUGUCUGAAAAGGACCUUCAUAAGGCUCAAGAGAAGAGCAAAGCCAUUCAGGAGAAAUCCCAGUCCAAUGUUUCGCUCCUGGCAAAGAUCUUCAACCGUGGCAGGGCUCAGGAUUGAGAUCAUUGUUCAGC